AUGGCCCCUUCUGGAAGGACAACAACAACAACAAGGACAACCUCAAAGACUAGGACUACAACAACAAGAACAAGACAGAAGAGAAAAACAACACACUUCAAGAAGCAGCAGCAACAUACAAAGAGCAAAAAACAAGAGAUAUCCACUGUUUUGCCCUCUAGCUGUUCUUCAAUAACCUCACAAGACUCUUCAAAGGAAGUGAACAUGGAUGGUUCUGAAGUGAUUGAUGUGUCUAACAGUGCAUGUUCCACGCCAAAAGGUCAGAAAUUUAGGAUACCAGAGAUUUCAACAUGCCCUCCAGCACCAAAGAAGCAAAGGGUACUCUCAAAUUGUACUUUGCGUAGGUCACCACUUUCAUUCUUUGCACCCCCUGACUUGGAGCUCUUCUUCUUCAUGGCCCUUAGAGAUGUUUCAGUUUGA